AUGAUUUUAUCCACAAGCUAUAUUAUAAACUGGAGGAGAAAAUCAGUCGCUGGGUUUUCUAUUGACCUUGGACUUAUCAAUGUAUUAGGUUUUCUCCUCUACUCAGUUUAUAAUUUUACUGGGGUGGCGUUCCCAGAACUUGGAACUGGCAUUGUAGAUUACAACGACCUCGUGUUUGCAAUCCACUCGUUCUUUAUAACAUCGGUAGCUUUGGCUCAGGUGUUUAUUUACGAAAGAGGAGAACAAAAGCAUUUCAAAGUGUGGAUGAUUUACCUACACAUCUUCAUCUGUUGUACAGUAUUGACAACCUUCUUUCUGGAAGGAUUUUUUGUUGUUCCUAACAUUCCUGUGGCCCUAAACACUCUGAGAUUUGCAGGCUAUGGCAAGUGACUGAUCACGUUUAUCAAAUACUGCCCCCAAGUUUUCCUAAAUUGGAAAAGGAAAAGCACGAAAGGCUGGAGUAUCAUUGGUGUAUUAUUUGAUUUUUCAGGAUCAACUUUGAUUCUGGGACAAAUUCUAAUCGAUAUGAUUCAUAAUGGAUUAACAACUGGAGAUUGGGCACUUCUUGAAGAAAAUUCCAAUGCCAACAUUGCCCAAUUAAAUCCCACAAUGAGCCUAAAUAAAAGCAGGGUAUCCUCAUUGCCAAAUACUGACGCAUUCAAUAUUGUCAAAUUUAUGGUUGGAUUGAUCUCCGUGAUGUUCAACAUCAUUUUCAUUGUCCAGCACUUCAUUCUAUAUCCAGAGAAUGAAUUCAAGAAUUAUCCAGUGACUAAAAAAAGUAUUAAGCAAGACGAGAUCAAGAGACUAUAUGAAGUAAGAACUUAA